AAACUCCUAUGGAAUGAUCACAGAAAAGAAAACACCUUGUGAAUCAGUUGCCAUUAUCUAACAGCAGGCUGAUCUACACAAAUGUUAAGUCAACCCAGCUAUACUGCUCAGGAUUUCACCAUGAUCACUGCAAUUCUGCUCAUCUGGACCGUGCCCUGUGUAGCUAAUCACCUUCUCAGUGGCUUUGUUAAAGGAGAAAUUCAGAAAGGUUCCCAGCAGCUCAUAUGCAGCAUGCCAGGGCCACAGGGCCCUCCUGGCCCCCCUGGAACACCAGGGUCUCCAGGAACAAUUGGGCGGAUGGGGUUUCCAGGGAAGGAUGGAAAAGAUGGAGAAGAUGGGGAGAAAGGAGAGCAUGGAGAGGAAGGUCUCCAGGGCAGAACGGGAAACCCAGGUAAACCAGGACCCAAGGGGAAAGCAGGCGCCAUUGGCAAAGCAGGUCCACGGGGUCCGAAGGGCAUUAAGGGAAAUCAUGGGAAAAAUGGAGCACAAGGAAAGAAAGGACCCAAAGGGAGAAAGGGUGAUACUGGGAUGCCAGGACCAUGCAGCUGUGAUGCCAAAAAAGCCAAAUCUGCCUUUUCAGUUGCAGUCACAAAAAGCUACCCAAGGGAGAGGCUUCCCAUCAAAUUUGACAAGAUCCUUAUGAAUGAAGGAGAGCACUACAAUGCUUCCAGUGGGAAAUUUAUAUGCAGCAUUCCUGGAAUUUACUACUUCACUUAUGAUAUCACUUUGGCCAAUAAACACUUGGCCAUUGGGUUGGUCCACAAUGGGCAAUACCGAAUAAAGACUUUUGAUGCCAACACUGGUAACCAUGACGUGGCCUCUGGAUCAACCAUUAUUUCACUGAAGCAGGAUGAUGAAGUGUGGUUGCAGAUCUUCUACUCGGAACAAAAUGGGCUCUUUUAUGAUCCCUACUGGACGGACAGUUUAUUUACUGGUUUUCUGAUAUAUCCUGACCAGGAUUAUCUCAAUGAGAUCUAGGAGGAGACUGUCAAAGAAUAGGAAGCAACUAUGAGAGUUUAUGCAAACAAAGUGUGUAUAUGUAUGUGAGGUAAUCAAAGAAGUCUGCCUUCUUGGAGCUGUAAGACUACAUCGAUUUGUUGGAAGUCUCCCAAAUCAUUAAAGCAAGUGUAUUUUAAUGUCAUUUAAGUUUUAGCACAAGCUCUUUAGUUGCUGUGCUUUCUUAUAACCUUUACCUAGUGAUAAAAGGAAGAUACUCAACAUAUAGUUUACUUGGAAGUGGCAAGCAAUUAUAAUUUGGUUGGUUUCAAGUGUUUUCCACCAGGAUUGUACAGCUCCUAGCAUAAUUGUCUCUGAGGUUCUACAAUAAUACAAAUAGUCUUAGGAUCAGUGAGACCACUUUAAAGUACCAUUAAUGGGGGGGUUUAUUUACAGUCUUUGGAGCUGUCUUUUGUAUUUUCCUUUACCAAGCAUAUAAACUAGGGUUGUACUACUAUUAUUUUAACACCAAUGCAGAACUUAUAAUUUUAUUUUUUAAUUUCAAAAAAUGAACCAAAAUGUAUUUUCUGCAACCUCAUAUUGGAAGCAUUGUUGCUAUUAGAGCCCCUAGCUAUCCCUCUGUAGAAAGUAUCUUCAUUAAUGCGAGGUCCAAGUUGUAACCAAGGCAGUUAUCAGUUAAGAGUCUAACAGCAGUCUCAUAAGUGCAUUAUUAAUGGGCAAAGCAGUCUGGCCUAAACAGAACUGGUAUAAAGACCUCCUCUUAGCCCCUUCAUAGCCAAUGGUAUAGCUUCCUAUAGAAUGCUGGCUCCUCUCAACUCUCAUGCAAUGGGUAUUAAUGUCACUCAGUACCUUUCAGAAUGCCUCCAGUAUGCAAAAAAGUCAGAUUUUAAGAGAGACUUGAACUGGAAUUUUGGAUCUGAUUCCACCCAAGUUUUUGUAAAGGUGGUACUGAACUUGGAACCUCAGGAGCUUCACUUGAGCUAAAAGCUAGUUGGUUCUCAGCUAAGGCCAUAGAGAAAAUUCAUUCUCUCUCUCUGUAAGUGGUCUAAGUGCCAACAGAUGGGAGACUGAACCACAUCCCAUAGGUGUGUGGGUUACACAUAUCCAAUUCUGAAGUAUGGUGACUCACUGAUAAAAGAUAUUGGGGAAAUAUUACUGAUGCUCCACAAUCAACCACAUUCAUCUUUAUAUUGGUGAUAAAAAGAGUUAAAGAGAUUUUUUUUUCAACUGGUGAUAAGAGAGGCUCUUUAAUGCUAGAUACACUGUAGCAGAGUCCAUAGCAAUCCUGAUAUAAAGCUGUUACAAUUUGGCUCUGAGUACAAACUCCCCUUUGUAAAAAGUUCAUAACACAGAUAUCUAUCUUGACAGCCACACAAGAGAAACCCUUCACCUGUUUCCCCAUUAUACUUGGGCCAAAUUCUUCUCACAUAUGUGUUCAUGUCUCCCCAGUCAUUUCUUUUGUCUCCGUAUGAAUGUUCAUCUAUAUGAAUGUUCAUCUAGAAUGAAGAAUAAAGAAGUUCCACUUUUUUUAAAUUUGCGAAUAUUGAAAGGAAAUCCCACCAUGUUGGAAAGGCAUUUGUUAUUUUUACAAGUCACAAUAUUUACAUGACAGUUAAGUACAGUAACUGGGCUGUAUCUUGCAAGGUCAUUGGAUUGUCUUUUUUUCUUUUUUUUUAAUAAAGCUGAAUUCAAACACUGCUAGAAUUAUAUUGAUAUUAUAAUAAAGAAUCUCUAGACUGGUGUGCAAUUCGAAUCAUUGAACCAUAAAACAGUCACUGAUCAUAGGCAAUAGGAUCCCCUGAGAGGAGAGGAACAACAAGAGAAGAAGUAGAAGGAGGGGAACACUGACUCUACAGCAUGCUCUCCCUUUUCCUUUGGCUUACAUAGACACUCUUCCACCUGGCAGGAGCUUUUCAAAAAAUGGAGUGCAAGAGGGUUUAGCUUUUUCUCCUUCCCAUCCAACAGACUUUCCAUAGGAAAAGCUGUUGGGAAUUCAUUUGUCUGAAGCAGAACCUAUAAGUGUAGACUUCCUUCCUGCACCUG